AUGUGGUGGGAAAACACAACGUUGACACAUCCGCACACUCUGCCCUUCUUUGCCAACAACAUCAAGGAAAGCCCCCGUUACAUCUACACCACCCCACAGUCCUCGAGAGCUGCCUCGCGCACUAUCGGAAUAAACGAACUCACAACUACUUACGCUGGUGGAACCAUCGAGGAAUGGAUACAAUGA